GGCCAUGUGUGUGUGAGUGUUUAGUUGCAGGCAGGCAGCGUGUGCUGAGGGAGGAGCUAAAGUUUAGCAGCUUGAAAGCGUCCAGCCUCUUCAGUCUGUAGUAGAGGAGGAGGCUCGUCUUCUAACGCACGGAUGAUGGACUUCACUUCUCGGACACGCUAACGGACCCUAAUGUGCUCACGCUUAGGCACACUUUGCGGAUUUAAAGGGGGUUUCGAUCCAUUUUUCGACCGUUUUUUCAACGAUUUUGAAGACUUGAGCGAUCUAAAAUGACUUUUACUAAAUGGCCACUGGUCGGAGCUCGGUGUUGAUCCAUUGAAGAGCACUAUGAGUCGAUGACAACAAGCAGGCCUUAAUCCAGAUUCCUGUUCUCCGUGCUAAGAGUCUACUGCCCGUGUGUAAGGACCACUGGGAGAACAAGAAUCAAGUCAAGGACACGCUCACUCCUCCUCAGCCUGCAGGAAGAUGGGAGUGAGAAAAUAAAGCUCUGUGGAGUCAAGAGGAGCUUAAUGAAUUCCAAGGAACCUUAAAACAAACUGCUCUGCAUUUGUGUGUGUCUGUGUGAGAGGAUCAGGCAACCAUGUGGACAUUAGUUGCGACUGUCCACUGUCUUCUGGCUGCUGCUCUGCUAUUGGCUAGCUGCCUCCAAUCACUGAUGGCCACUGAGGAUGAUGUCACACCGCGUAUCAGUUUCUCCUACAAUGCGAAGGAGAGGUCGGCCAAGAGAUUCUCUGUGGACGGCGUCUUCAAUUACACUUCCUUGCUGCUCAGCCAGGAGGACGACAUGCUCUACGUCGGAGCCAGGGAGGCGCUGUUUGCCCUCAGCCUCUCGGACAUCAGCAAGACCAAACUCCAGAAGAACGGUUUCCUCUUCUUUCAUCUUCAGCUGACGUGGGGCACUCCUGCUGGAAAGAGAGAGGAAUGCAGCUUCAAAGGGAAGAACCUGGAGACUGAUUGCUUCAAUUACAUCAAAAUCCUCCUGCGGCUGAAUAGCACUCAUCUCUAUGUGUGUGGCACUUACGCCUUCAGUCCUAUUUGUGCCUAUAUAAACACUUCAACAUUCACACUGGAGAGAGACGAAGUGGGCGAGGUCGUGAUGGAAGACGGGCGCAGCCGCUGCCCCUUUAAUCCCGAGUACAAAUCCACGGCCAUCAUUGUCGAUGGCGAAUUGUACACGGGUACUGUCAGUAACUUCCAAGGGAACGAGCCGGUUAUUUACAAGAGUUUGGGUCGGGGAACUGCUCUGAAGACGGAAAACUCUUUAAAAUGGCUGCAAGAUCCGGUCUUUGUCGGCUCGGCUUACAUCGAGGAGAGUCAGCCAAUAGGCAACCCCGUGGGAGACGACGACAAGAUUUACUUCUUCUUCAGCGAGGCGGGGAAAGAAUUCGACUUCUUUGACAACACCAUUGUGUCGAGGAUCGCUCGCGUGUGUAAGGGGGAUAAAGGCGGCGAGCGGGUGCUGCAGAAGAAAUGGACGACCUUCCUGAAGGCCCAGCUCCUGUGUUCCCUCCCUGAUGACGGCUUCCCCUUCAACAUCAUCCAGGACAUGUUUGUCCUGAAGCCCAUGGGAGACAGCUGGGAGAGCACCGUCUUCUAUGGCGUCUUCACCUCCCAGUGGUAUAAAGGAGCAUCAGGCAGCUCAGCGGUGUGCGCGUUCACCAUGGCACAGGUGGAAAGAGCCUUCAGUGGGCGUUACCGAGAGGUCAACCGGGAGACACAGCAGUGGUACACCUACAACCACCCAGUGCCAGAGCCACGACCCGGGGCGUGCGUGACCAACCAUGCGAGGCAAAUGGGUAUCCAGUCGUCCUUGCACAUGCCCGAUAAAGUGCUCAACUUUGUCAAGGACCAUUUCCUGAUGGACAGCGUGAUCCGCAGCGCUCCCCUGCUGCUGAAGCGCAGCGUUCGCUACACGCAGAUCGCCGUGCACAAGAUCCAAGGCAUGGAGAGGGCCUACGACGUGCUCUUCAUCGGAACAGAUGACGGAAAGCUCCAUAAGGCCAUCAACGCCAACGAUAAGAUGCACAUCAUCGAGGAGAUGAUUCUGUUCCCCGAGCCUCAGCCCGUGCAGCACAUCGAACUCGAUCCUCAGAGGGGUCUGCUGUUUGUGUCGUCCAACUCUGGGCUGGUGGAGGUUCCUGUGGCCAACUGCUCCAAUUACCUGAGCUGUGGAGAGUGUGUGUUGUCCAGGGACCCUUACUGCGCCUGGACCGGGCGACUGUGUCGGGACGUCAGGAUGGCUCCACCUGACAGUCACUGGCAGCAAGACGUGGAGGAGGCCGAUACAUCAGCAAUUUGUAACCGGACGUUUCCCAGCCCCCGAUCUGCCAAACCAGCAUCUUCUCGUGUCUCCCAAUGCCAGCUCCUCACACUCCCAAUCAACACGUUCAAAGUCCUGCCCUGUAAACGGCGGUCCAACCUGGCACAGAGGAGGUGGCAUUACAGUGACACCGCCAGCCAGUUCCUUUACGCUACUCCAGAGGGAAACCUGGUGGUGGUGGCACAGGCCGACAGGACGGAGACCUACGAGUGCUGGUCAGAGGAGGAGGGUUUUCGUCAGCUGUUGGCCAACUACUGCGUGAGGGCGGAGCCCCGCCACGAAAGCACCACUCUGAUUGGUCACUCGCGCACACCGCACAUUGAGCGAGAGGAGACCAUCAUCCUGCCCGGAGAGUCUCGUUCUCAGCAGGUCCACGCGAAGACGUACUGGAACGAGCUGAUCGUGGUGUGCGCCCUGCUGGCGUUCUCCCUCGUGGUGUUCUCCCUGUUCGUCAUCUACAGGAACCGAGAUCAUAUGAAGUCCAUGCUGAAGCAGGGCGAGUGCCCUAACAUGCAGCAGAAGAAGCCGAGGAUUGUGGGAAAGCCUGCUGAGAGCUUACCCCUAAACGGUAACACCAUCCCCGUGUCCACUUCUGAUCACAAGGGCUACCAGACGUUAAAUGACAACUACAUCUGCAGCACGCCCACCCACGAGUCCUCGCCAGACAACAGCAAGAGCUUCUCCGAGUCCUCCGACAGGCGGCCGCUUAACGUGAAGGAGAGCCACGUGGAAUACUCCCCAACCUGCCCGCGGCCCAGAGUGAGGCUAGGCUCGGAGAUCAAAGACUCUAUCGUAUGAGAGCACAGUAUUCGCUUCAAAGUCGCCACCCUGUAUCUCGCUGAAGGAUGCAGGCCACCGAGCAAAGGAGAGGAGACCCUGACAUCCCUCUACAUCACAGCACAUCCUUUUGUUUUAGUCAUCUUUUGUUCUGUGAUCAGUGCGGAGGUCAUUUCUUUUAACCAUUUCCACUCUGAAGCCAGAGGUUGGUCUGGUGCGCUGCACGGGGCAGGACCAGGAUCAACAGCAUGGCAGCUGCUCAGAAUAGUUCUUACUCUUUGUUUGAGUUCUCAUGGCCACUAAUGUGUGCGAGUGUAGUGCUGGGCGACAUGAGGGAGAGAAAAACCCACAAUAAACAGAAGAGCUUCUUCUGAUAUCAAUAUUUAUCACUGUAUCUCUUUUAAGUACGCAAGAUCCAACAUUAACAUGUUUAGUUGACGUCCAUCACGUAACAAUAACUUAUGAAUACUGAUAUGUUUUGCCCUAUUUGAGCAUGUAUAACUUUCCACAUGCUCUGCAGAAGAUGCGCUUCUGUUAUUAUGCACACUAGAACCAAGCUACAGCUACAUGGUGACCAAGAGUUCAGGGUUAGGACAAUAUAAUCCAUGUAUUGCAUAUUCAUUAGGAUCCACACAUUAUGGAAGCAAUUUAAAAAGCACAUUUGUUUCCUUUUUUUUUUUUUGCUGAAUAAAUGUCAUGACUGUAUGAAAGAUUAUGAAAGAUGAGGCUGACCGGGAGAAGACGCCACACACUGUUGGAACAACAAUUUAAAAGGACUGUAACUGAAAGAAGGAUGAUCAACACAUGUGGUCAUAAGUUACGCUCCAGGGCCUAAAUACUGACAUUUACCUCCUGAAUGUAUGUUGUUGUUGUUGUCGUUGUUGUUGUUGUUGUUGUUGUUGUUCAAAGGUUUCACACAUCACUGCACCGUGGGCAAUGUAGGGAAACCCUGUUGCUCUACAUCUCUGCUCAUUUGAGGCAGCCCUGUUGUUCAGUAUUAACCUGGAGGUACCGCGAUGGACUCGUAGAUCAAAUAAUGGAAAAGAGACCUGACUGAUUGUUACGUCAGUCAAGGCGGACAUUACAAGCACAGAGAGCCAAGGAAAAAAAAAAAAAAAAAAAAGUGGACGUUCACACCUCGACCAUCUUCAGGGCAGCACUGAAAUCAUCAUGUGCACUGUGCCAAAAAGAAACAACAACAACUUGAUUGUCUUAUCUCAAUGCAAUAGUGCCAUUCUGUUAUGACCGCUCCCAUGCUUUGCGUUAGCAUUGAUCACCGGUGAGCACAUGGUGACGGAACCAGACGUGGGUUUCACAACAAACAAACAAAAAAGAAGUGGCACUAUUAAUAAACAAAUGUGAAGUGCACAGUUGGACUUUUCUCUAAGACUGUUAGCUCAGACCGUGUUGGGCAAAGUAUUUGACUUUCAUGUACACUCUGAAGUGGGGCCAAAGGGUAUGGCAUGGAGAUGACUUCAUGUGUCAGUUAUAUUACAAAAGUAUUCCAGUUUUCCUUUAGCUACCCUUAAAGGAGUUCUCUGCCUUCUUAGUAUACACUGAAACAUACAGGUACAACGAGCUUGACGAGCGGCAACAACACAAACUGUUGAUUUAAGCGCUAAUAACUCAAAAUGGAAAAAGUCACAACAAUAAUAACCGUCUGUAGCUGAGAGAUGAUAUGUCAUGUUAUCUUAGUGAUCGUAGUCCAAACUGCAGCUGCACUAUGUAGUGAUGUAGUUGCACAGAGCGCUGUAUUAGCUCAAUAUAACCGCCUCCACCAGGUUACAUUUCUUACAUACAUGGCGUUCCCCACACUCAGUCAGAUGUCAUUGCGACGUUAAUGUGAAAGCACAAGUAAUCAGGGUCUUGAAUACUUACAGGUUUGCACAUGUCAGUAAAAUCAGAGCGUACUCUUAAGAAAUGCAACUACUGAGAGACAUGAGGUGUGGCUGCUGAGGGAAAUUAUUUUUAGAAAUCAGUUAUUACAGGGACCAGUGCAGCCAUUACGAACACAUUGCACCCACAUUGCUUCGACUUUUGAGACUUACCAAGCAGAAUUUCCCAAAGACGUAGGAAGCUGAUGGUGUUGUGUAAAUCUGAAUGGGAAGCAUUUACACGGCCAUAGGGACAAUAUGGCACCACAUGUCUUAGAAUACAUCACCAAUUCACUGUAUUGAGCGAGUACGCCUACAGUAUAUAUUCCAGUAUCAUACAGAAUAAACAUUUUGCUAUCUCCAACACUGAGCAGAUGAUGAAAUGCGAUGUAACUGCGCCAAGUUGACAAAGUAAUUGCACAGCAUACUGCGCAACAGUGGUUAGUGUUUCCUUUUCUUUCCGUUAGUUUUGGUUGUGUAUAUACAGUAUCUGUGCUUAAUAUUGUGUGUUUUUCAAGGGACCUUGUGCAAGAUGUGUUGUAGAGAUAGUCUUGAAACUAGAGAGUGAACACUGCUGAUAUUUUGUUUUCAUAGUGCUUUACUGCCUACUUCAGCAUACAUUUCAAAUCUUGCACAGAAUACUGCACAUGUCUCACCGUGCUGUUAGUUCAGCACCUGGGCUUGGUUUUAUAUCAUCAAGCAUGUCAAAGCAGGAGGGGUAUCUGUUUUUAUGUUCAUGCCAAACUGAAUUAGAGGGGGUAGUUUGAUAUUGCAGGGAAUAUACUUGCUGAGAGAUGGAUGAGAAGAUUGAUACUACUCAUGUGUGCAAGCUAAAUAUGAAGCUACCUUAAGCAGUAGCUUAGCUUAGCAUACAUACUGGAAACGGGGGUAAACUGCUAGCAUGGCUUUGGCCAAAGGUAAAGAAAGUCUGGCAGAUAAUUCCCCGUAAAAUGUGUCAUUUUCACACUGUGGUUUUUGUACGAAGUAAAAACCCAAAAUGUGUUUUCAUUAGUGAACUUGAACUCACGUUUGUAGUCUGUGUGCUAAGCUAAGUGGUUGUUAGCGUCAGACACAAGUGGUAUCUGUUUCCUCAUCUAACUCUUGGCAAGAAGUGUAUUUCCCAAAAGCUCUACUUAUUCCUUUCAUCUUGUUUGCUGAGGCUAACCAAAUAAACAAGGCCAUAACAUUUGCCAACAGAUGCAGAACAAGAAUAAAGCAUUGUUUGCUAAAACAGAUUUUCUAAACCUAUAAAAGGUCUCUUUAUGGAGGCUCAUGCCCUGCUUUCAGAUGCUUGGUGGAUAACCUCACAACAUAUUGUCAAAAUGCCUUUUGAUGUACAGCUGUUCUGCCUUUAGCCAUGUGCCACAUUGUACACUACCCAGCAGUGACCUCACCUACAGAGAUGUGGUGAAUGGCGUGAUUGUAGCCCUCCGUGGGCACACUUAACUCCACAACACGGGUCAACAGUAGAUUUACAGAUUCACCUAAGCCACCAUUAACUCUGCAAACGAUAAGACUGGGAGCUUCUCAAAAGUCUUGUACUGCUCUGCACGUUGUGUCAGAAGUGAUGCCAGUGCACAUUGAAAACAUCUGUCUGAAGAUUUGAGAAUAACACUUCUAGUAAAGCUGAAGUUACAAUACUAGUUGACCUUCAUAGUUAAUAAUGCCAAAAAGGUCAAUACUGUGUCAUAAAUGCAUAUUUAUUAAUGACAUGCUUUUCAUUAAAAAAGCAAAUAAUACCAUGGUGAUUGAUGCUUUAUUUUGAGUGGCUCCUCAAUAAUGCAACAUACUGUACUGGACAUGAAUGUAGCCAACUAUAACAUGUUUUGCAGAACAUCUACAGCGGUCUAUUUUCCUAAAAAGACGGCGUAAGUAGGUAAAGCAUUGCAACAUCUUUUUAGGAUUUAGUUUCAAACAGUCAUACUACAAUGAAACAGCACAAUAGAAGUAAUUAAUCGUUUGUGCUGCACGAUGUAGUACUGCAGUAAUAUGCAAGCACAGCUCCAAAUCCUCCAUAUCGGCUCAGCCAUGAGACACAGCAACAGCUUUGUCUCAGCAUACUGAACACCAUAAGCUUAGUUGACUGAAUAACUAUUAGACAAAUGUGGUCUUGCCUGCAUGAUUUCCUUUUUUAUUUGUUGUGUACAAAUAACAUUGUGAACUGUAUUUUUUGUAUCAUUGAGAUUGUGACUGUUGUUUUUAUUAUAUUGUACAUAAAAAGCACUUUAUUUUAAUUUUUUAAGAUAAAUGAAUAAAAUACAUGUUUUGUCAAA